AUGGCUGUAGGGAUUCUGCGGGCGGUGUCAGCCAUGGUUUCCCACGUCUCGAGGAAGGUGAGAGGCAGCGGCGAGAGGCGGAGAGUGGACGCCUCCAAGAUCGCGCCGAGCUGGGGACCUUACUUGAGUCGGCGUAUCAGCUUGAUACCUUUCCGCGGAAGAAGGAACAGGAAGAUAGGGGGGAAGGUUCCUGAGGGAGAGGAAGAAAACGAGCUCUCUGACGAGGAGGGGGAGGAGAGAGAAGGAGGACUGUGGCAGAAGGGAAUAAUGAUGGGAGAGAAGUGCCAGCCGCUGGAGUUCUCCGGUGCCAUCUUCUACGAUUGCGAGGGGCGGCGGCUGCCGACGCUGCCGCCGAAGUCCCCACAUCGUGGCCAUCUCGUUCCAGGUGGAGUGGGCUGCUGA